AGGCCCUGCACCCGCCUAGCAUGGAGUGCGCCUGCGCAUCUGAGGGUCCACGGCCCAGAAUCUGUGUGACGUCGGAACUGCUAUAAGUGCCGCUCCCGUAUGCGUUGGGCCCUCUCCAUUUGCAGGUAGGUCCUACCACUCUCCUCGCCGUUCCCUAUUCAUCGCUGGGUGGUGGGCGGAGAUCGGCGUUGGUUGAAAAUCACCUGCGGCUUUGGCUGUGGCCGUAGGUGAGAUUCGGCGCCCAGAGCCACCGGGGGACUCAGCUCACCGCCCACUUUUCGAUGUGGGGAGGUGAAACCCAGGCCCCGACAUGCGCCAUCAUUCAGGCUGCCGGUGCUCUGGCCUCUAUCCCUGACUUCUGACCUUGUUUUCUGUCCGCAGGACGCCUGGAUCCCCCAAGCCUGAGGCCGACGCCGCCAGGGCCGCGGGGGUAGGAGGACUCGUCUCUCUUUCAAUAAAGUUGUUGGUCUAACUCAUCUGCAUGUAAAUGUUUUUGACCACCUUCCCGUAAGUCUGGAAAAUGCAUCUUUUGACGUUGGUACCAAGGUAUAAAGGAUACCAUUGUGGGCCUUAGCCUCUUCUUGCCAGUCGGCCUACCUCUGCUUUUUAUACCACACAGGGGUAGAUCUUGGGUCUGGAAGUUAGAGUAUGGCUCCGAAGGUCUCAUACCGGGUACCUUUCACCUUGAGCUUGAUGGGAGUCGGGCUGGGCCUGCAAACCACAAGCCGGGAUGGGAGUGUAAGAUUCACAGUUCAAAGGCCUACAGUGGCUCCUUAUUUCUCUCAGGACAUGGUAAGGGUCUUUAGGUUUUGAUGAGGUCACCACCCUGGUACUGAACCUGCAUUUCUAUGUUCUCUCACAUUUGGGAACAUGCUAGUUUCUCAUUGGCCUGCCCAGAUGGUCAGAGCCUACCUACUCUGGAAGGCUUUCCCACAGAGUACUUCCCUUAGUGUGGGAAUCUGGUUCUCAUUUCCCAGAUCUGUACCCAGGAGCUAGCAGCAUGGGUCUUGGAUGAUAAAGCUCCUGAGCUCUUGGAGAUUUUAGCCACCUGGGCAGCACUAUUUGAAAUUGAAGAGAACAAUCUCUGCAUUCCUUCUUAAGUCUUGGGAAAACUGCCCCCAGACGCUUGGUUCUUGGCCUAGUGCUGCUUGGGUAUCAACCACCCCUAUGGCAGGGGCUCCAGGUACCUGUCCCAGAUCUGGGAUACUAUACUCCUCAUCUGUGACUAGAGAGGGGAGCAAGGUCAAGGUGGUACAGGGUCCCAGUGGGACCUUGUGAUUGGCCUGAGCUGGACAAUGCCACUAUGAUGUCAGUGCACUACUGCUAUGAAAUGGAGGCUCCUCAGCACCUUGGGGUCAGUGGAGCAGCCAUCCAGACACAGAUCAUGGUGAGCCCAAGACACUCUUUGCCUCUGGCCUUUAAAUUUGUGCCUAACUCCAGAGACCCACCCAGAGCUGGCCCCCCAUUCUUACACUGAGAAGGGAUGGACAGUGAGUUACGAGCUUGCGAGUGAGAUGAGGAAAUCUUUCAGAGAGCUCUAGCCAAGGCCAGCAUCAGCUGGGGAUUGGUAGUCGGAGGUCUUGAUGCUCAUAGCUGCCCCCUCGAAGUGGGUGCUGACCCAACCCUCCACUUGGGGUUCUCAUGUGGCCCACCUCCACACCCAAAGCUUCCUGGGGUUUCCCUCUGGGCCUGUGGAGUGGGGGACUGGAAUCUGGUCCUAGCCAGACCCUGAUGCUGGCCUGGCAUUUGCAGAGUGGAGGGUAUGAUCUCAGCCUCUUCGCCAGACCUCCUGACAGCAACUUCCUGUGCUCUGUCUGCCACGGGGUUCUCAAGAGGCCGGUGAGGUUGCCAUGCCGCCACAUCUUCUGCAAGAAGUGCAUCCUCCGGUGGUUAGCCAGACAAAAGACCUGUCCGUGCUGCAGGAAAGAGGUGAAACGGAAAAAGAUGGUCCAUGUGAAUAAGCUCCAGAGGACCAUUGGCCGCCUAGAAGUCAAGCAGCGCUGCCCCCUGGGCUGCGGGGCCACCCUGGGCCCAGCAGAACGUGCACGCCACAACUGCUACCGCCAGCUGCGCGAGGCCUGGGGCCAGCGCCAGGAGCACAGCCGGACCCUGGUGCUGUGCCUGCUACAGCGCUUGCGCAAGUUACACCGUACUACCAACCUCAUCCACCGGCAGCUGGCCCAGCUAGGAGACUUCCUGGAGGAUGACACCCUGCUCGUGAGCACUAGGCAAGAGGAGGCUGAGGCCACCCCAGAAAACAGCAUUGAGGCUGAAGUGUGGGGGGGCCAGAGCCAAAGUGGCGUUUAAAUAUAGAAGUAAAUAAACGCGAGUGCUCGCCAGAUCCCGGCCGUCUCCGUGCUUGCUGGCCUCACAGCCUUAUCUCAUUUGCCGCCCCCCUCCCCACCUCUCCAGGCACUACGCCUUCACUCCGUGGGGAUACUUUGGUCUUUCUCCCUAUUCUUGUCCCCCUCUCCAAGUCCUUUCCCACCACUGUGUCUUCUUACUGGCUAUACCCCCUGCCUGAAAGCUCUUCCCUUCACUCUUGUCUGGCUUCUUUCUACUCAAAAUGAAUGUCUCCUAGCAGAAGUUUUCCCAGUCUCUUUCCCAGUUACUUUCUACCAGUCUGCUUCCCACCUUCAUAGCCAAUAGCACCAAUGGCUCAAAACUCUGAGCUGAUUAAAACCCAACUCCUCACAGUGAUUCACGAGGAACCCCAUUAUCUCUGACCAUCUGCCCUUAUAUUCUCUUUCUUACUCAUUCCCUGCAACCACAGGAACUUCUGUUGCUUCUCCUAAGGCCAGACCUGUGCACUGGCUGUUCCCUUAGCUUGAAGCACUGUUCCUCUAGAUGAUAAAGAUGAACUGGAACUUUAAGCAAACAUAAUCAGUGAGGACGGUGUAUGAGAAGACCUAGGGCUUAUGGAAGAUCUCGCGCUCUGCGUAAUGGCAAAAACCCUACAGUAAGAACUCUUGUUUAUAAAAAAGCUCUAUGGUUCCAAUUUCCUCUUCCAUUAACUUUUUUCCAUUAUUUAAAUACUCCUCCUUCUUGGCAGGCCGGUCUUAAUGUGCACGUGGUUUGCCAUGUCUGUAUGUUAUGGGUUGCAGUCUUUUUUUUUCCCAAAUAAAUUCUUUUGGUGAUGAAA